UGGCGUAUAAACUCGCUCGCAAUUAAAAGUGACGUUUGUAAUGUUUGUAAAUUAACGCAACACAGUCGUUUAGAGGAGCCGGCUAUUUAAAAAUUAAAAUUAAAAUUCUUAAAAAUGCUGUUCUAUUCUUUCUUUAAAUCGCUAGUCGGCAAAGAUGUGGUUGUGGAGUUGAAAAAUGAUUUAAGCAUUUGUGGCACCCUACAUUCCGUGGACCAAUAUCUGAACAUCAAGCUCACCGAUAUAAGCGUGACGGACCCGGAGAAAUAUCCUCACAUGCUUUCGGUGAAGAACUGCUUCAUUCGAGGUUCGGUUGUGCGGUACGUGCAGCUACCCGGUGACGAAGUAGACACUCAGCUGCUGCAGGAUGCUGCUCGGAAAGAAGCUGUCACUAGUGUACGUUAAGUGCAUUCAAGAUGUUUAAGCUGUAUUUAAGUUUAAGCUAAGUUUUGGAACAAUAAAUAAAGUGUUCAUGCGAUUAUUUCUUGUA